UAAUACAUACAUAUAAUUACGAAUCCUUUAUCAGUUAUUACUUGCACAUUAUUCCUUCACCGUUUCCCACAACCACCCGCCCAAACCCUGGCACAAUUUUGACAGAGAGUUCAAAGUUCGUCCCAUCCAAUAGGAGAAAAUGUUCCGCUCGAUUGCCGGCAGCGCUGCACUCACGCAAACAAUCCGCAAGACGAUGGAGCGCAAUCUGUGCAGCGGUUCCGCCAUUGCAGCCAAGCGCCUGACGGGCAAAGUGGCCGUCGUAACCGCCUCUACAGAAGGUAUCGGUUACGCCAUCGCGGAACGGCUGGGCCAGGAAGGAGCCAAAGUGGUUGUCAGCAGCCGAAAGCAGCAAAAUGUUGACCGUGCCGUGAACGACCUGCGAACCGCCGGGCUCGAGGUGUCCGGGAUCAAGUGUCACGUUGCCAACGCCACCGACCGGAAGGCGCUGUUCGAGCAUGCGGCCCAAAAGUUCGGUGGCAUCGACAUUCUCGUGUCGAAUGCGGCCGUCAAUCCGGAGGUGGGCGGUGUGCUGGAAUGUAGUGAAUCGGCCUGGGAUAAGAUUUUCGACGUGAAUGUAAAGUGUUCGUAUCUGCUGGCCAAGGAAGCGUUGCCGUUCAUACGGGAGCGCAAGGGCGGCAGCAUUGUGUUCAUAUCGUCCAUUGCUGGCUUUCAACCGUUCUCGCUGUUGGGCGCAUACUCCGUCAGCAAGACGGCACUGUUCGGAUUGACGAAGGCAGCCAGCCAAGAGUUGGCGGCGGAGAACAUCCGCGUGAACUGCAUUGCUCCGGGUGUGGUGCAGACGAAGUUUGCCGGAGCGCUACAAGAAUCCGAUGCCGCCAAAGAGGAAACACUGUCCCGAAUUCCGAUGGGACGGAUUGCACAGCCGAAGGAAAUUUCCGGCGUGUGCGCGUUCCUCGUUUCGGACGACGCGAGCUACAUUACCGGCGAAACGAUUGUAGCUUCCGGAGGCAUGGCUUCCCGGCUGUAAAUUCUCGCUUAGCAACGGCAAUGCCAACUACAAGUCUGUCAAUCAACUGUCUUCCAAAACACACUUACGCGUGGUUUAAAGUUUGGCUGCAUUUCGGGGAGGGGGGUAAGAUUUUCUGGUCGGUGGUAGCUAAUUCGUUAGCGUACGCUUUUAUUCGCUUUAAGACAACGUUCAAUAAACAUUCAACGAGGCACUCAUCUCACAUUAA